UACAAAUACUCGAUAAAAACUGUGGCUUAUCCAUUGCUUUAAAACCAGACUUUCCAGAAAGGAUAUGGAGGUUGUUUUUUUCUUCUUUUUCAGUGACUUGCUUUUAGCAUGUUUUGACAAAUUCUAACCCAAUCUGUUUGAAUUACCCUCCUUUAAUAUACCGGGGGCUGCUUCUCUUUAUCUUAUGCUUUGCUUAUCCCUUUAUCAGAUGGUUAAUGGUUUGUGCAGCCCUUUAUGCUGCAUAAAAAACCAUUCAGCAGAGGCAUUUGCUUUAUGAAGACUCCUGAAAUUUUUGGUUUCCCCGAAAGUCUUCUGGUAAAGGAAUAUAUAUAGGCAGCUAUCUUUCAGGGUAUGAAAUGCUCGUCUUAGACUUUCUUUUGUUUGGAGAAAUCAAAUAAAAAGAAAUCAUGAGUAAUUGGUACCUCCGCCAUCAGAUACAAGUAAAAUAACUGCCUCUAUCCAUAGUAAUGAUUAAAGGAGAGAGAAGCUAUUACCCACAAAACAUUUGUGCUGAAUUUGAGAUUUAAACCAAUUUAAAGUUGUACAAACACACUUAGAUAACUGCCCUAAACUCUUGGUAACUUAAUUCCCAAAGACUAAACAUUAGUUUUGCAAAGAACUAUUGUUAGCUAUUUGCACUGAUAAGUGCUCAGUUUCCUAUAUUGUUUUCAACAUAUUAUGAAUACAGAUGUACUUUUUCUUCUAUGAGCUUUGAAAUGAGUUUUAACUGAAAGGUACUUUACUAACUUCCCUAGGUUAUAGCAGAAUUUCCAGACAACUGAUCUGAUGGGAGAAGUUAGGAUUUCCAAUAAUAGAAACAAAUAUUGGCAAGAAAUGUAUUAUUUUUCUGAUGUUACAUUUUAGAAGUAUGUUGAAAUAUUCUGGGAAAAGAAAGCAAAAAUCUUGUUUCAGCCCAGAAACUAAUAGAACUAUUUUAAUUCUGACUUUGAAGACAAGACAGAAUUCUGUUGAAAAGCAAAAUCUAAAUCCAUUUGUCUCUCAUGUUUAACUGGAGAAGACGAUUAAGUGUUAAUUUUUUGUGGAGACAUCACUGUUAGACAUGGUGUGUGAAUGUAUGUGCACAUGCCUGUUCCUUGGCCAUACCCAAGCGUUUUUGUGAACUCUUAUAAAAUUUGCCUUGUCCUAUUUCUCUUUUAGUUCCAUGUUGCAAUUUAAUAUAUGAUUUUGUGCUAUAUACUAUGGGAUGGGUGAGGAAGCGAACAGAUACACCUCUCAGCUCAAGGAUGUGUAUGACAGCUGUGAUACCACGGGCACUGGGUAUUUGGACAAGGAGGAACUGACUGAGCUUUGCCACAAACUACAUCUGGAAGGAGAGCUCCCUUUACUUCUGGAAACACUUUUGGGGAAUAAUCACCUUGCCAGAGUUAAUUUUGAACAGUUUAAGGAAAGUUUUGUGACCAUAUUGUCUUCGAAUAUCAAUCUUGGCCUUUCAGAUGAUGAGAGCAGCUAUCUGGAGCCAGUUAUUCCAGAUGAGACUGAGCCCAAGUAUAUCACCGAGGCCAAAGGGUAUGUUUGCCGGACAAGGCCAGAGCUUGAAAAUGCCAUGUUGGAAACCCCCAAAUAUUUACAAGAGGAGCAGAGAAAUAUAAAUGUAAAAAGUCAGCUGAGACGCUCAACUUCUUUGGAGAGUGUGGAGAGUCUCAAAUCAGAUGAAGAGGCUGAAAACUCAAAAGAAGAACAGCAGCAGACCUUUGAAGGCCAAGGUCAAAUGUGUACCUGGGACGAUAACCUCAUUGACAAUGCUAGAGAAGUCUCUACCUCAUGUUUGAACACGACUGAAAAUCAGAUUAGGGUUACUUGGGAAGAUCUUGGCAUUGGAAAUAAUGGAUACCUCAACAAACAAGAGCUGGAUGCUGUUUGUAAGAACAUUGGACUCAAAGAGAUGGAAAAAGAGGAAUUUGAAGAAUUAUUUUACAAAUUGGAUAGUGAUGGAGAUGGCAGAGUAAGCUUAAAGGAAUUCCAGCAUGGCUUAUUCAGCCACAUCUGCCUUCCUUGUCCUUUUUCUUCCACACCACUUAAAUCGAAAAGGCAAAGAUCACACUCUAAUCAGAUUUUGAAAGACAAUGGUCAACAAACUGCAACUCCAUCUCUUUUAUCCAACUCAGUGGCUUUGAAUCUUUUCUCCAGCAUUAACGAUGGCAGUGGUUUUGCAAGUGUGGAGCAAGUUGUCUCCAUCUGGGCCUGGGAAGGGGUUGAAAACUGCAAAGAGAUUUUUAAGAGUCUUAAUUAUAAUGUGGAGGAGCGAGUGAACCUUCUAGAGCUUUCUGUGAUCCUUGAUGAUGAAUUAAUUGCUUCCAAGAAUGGACUUCAACAGGCAGCUGUUGCCUCUUAUAAGCAUGAACUUCAUCAUCUACAAGCACAAGUGGAACGGAUUUCCAGUGAGCGAAACAAAACAAGAGCUGAGCUGGAAAAGGCUAAAAAGAGGAAUUGCCAGCUUUUUAAAGAAGUAGAUGAUAACCAUAGUGCUCUGGAGCAACACAAUGAGAGUAAACUUAGAGCUCUUGAGCGAGAUUUCAAAGGAAAGCUAAUGGCAAUAAAGUCUGAUGUCAAGAUGGAACAGGAAUUGCUCAUGCAACAAAUGCACCAUCAGAGAACCAAGUUAGAAGCAGAUUUCAGGUACCUUCAAGAGGAGGACUCUAGUUUAAGGAAAAAACUGACAUUGAUGAUCAAGGAAAAUAGUCGCUUACAGAAUGAAGUUGCUGAAGUGGUUCAAAAACUGAGUGAAUCUGAAAAUCAAGUUUUGAAACUUCAAGGAGAUCUUAAUUUUAUUUUGAAAGACAAGCUGGGAUUACUGGAUCCAUACAGUACGGAACUAUUUGAUCAAGAAGCACGCUUUGCUGAAAUCAUUCAGGAGUAUGAGCUGCAAUGUCGGGAACUGCAUGACAAGAAUGAUGAGCUACAGAUGGAGGUGGAAAAACUGAGAUCCCUGUUGUAUACAAGCAAGCCUAACCUAGCAUGCUGCAAAAUGAAGACCAACAACACUGGAGAAAGGCCCUUGCCUGGAAAUGAAAAAGCUAGCAUUAUAGAUGACACUUUCAUAACAUCUGAUCCCUGUUCAGUAAGUAUAGAAACAGAACUUCUGGUGGAAGACUUAAAAGAACAGAAUCAAACUAUAAAAACACAGCUAGAAACUAAGGUCAAUUACUAUGAACGGGAAAUAGAACUAAUAAAAAAUAAUUUUGAGAAGGAAAGGAAGGAUAUUGAGCAAAGUUUCAAGAUCAAGAUUAGUGAAUUGGAAGAACAAAAGAAUGCCCUGGAAGAACUGAAUGAGAAAUGCCAGGAAGUGAUUGAUGGUUUGAAAAGCCAGGAUCAGAAGCUAGAUCCUAUCCAAGAAAUGAAGAGAUUUGAAAAGGAGAGGGCGGAAAUGGAGCAGUGCUAUGCUAAAGAACUAUCAAACUUAGGUCAGAGGCUGGCCCAGGAAAGGGAAAGAUUGGAAGAUGACUUGAAGAUGAAGCAUGAAAUGGAGAUACAUUUUAUGAGAGUGGAACUGCACAGGAUUUCAGAAGACAAUAUCCUCUUAAAAAAUAAACUUGGAAAAUGUCAGCGAGAAAUAAAGGAGAUUGAUGACACAAACCAAAAGCACAGAAAGCACAUUGAUGAAUCGAAAAUGGAAAGAGAGAAGAUGAUGUAUGAAAUAAAAGAAUUAAAUGACUCGAACAAAUACUACAAAGAGGAAAUCUUACAGCUGAACACCAGAACUGCUCAGUUAAGCCAUGAAUACAUUGAAUUAAGCAGCAAGAAUAAAGCCAGUCAGAAAACAAUUAAGAUACUGAAUCAGAGGUUUCUUGAAUUGGAGAGCCAAAAAGAACAAGAAGCUAUGGUAGCCAAGCAACUUCGGGAGGCCUCUGCUGAGAUGAAAAAGGAGCAUUUUCAGCAGCAGUUGACAUGGCAGGGUGAAAAGGACUUGCUAGUUCAAGAGCUGAAAUCACUGAAGGAAAAGCUGUUGGAAACUAACACCAGAUUAAGCCAAGCCGAGUCUCAGCACACACAAGAGCUGCAAAAACUGAAGACCCAGAUGGACAAUACAGUACCUAAGGACCAUCUUGUUGAGCUUCAAACCAGAUUGACAGAAGAACAGAAAACAAUCAGAAAAUUGCAAGGAGAUCUAGACUUACAGGCAGAACAAAUGAAAUGGCAACUGGCUAUUUAUCAAGAAGAAUAUGAAAACGCACAUAGAUUAAUGGAGGAGAAGUUGGGGGAAGUAGAGAUGAAUUUGAAGAAUACACAAAUGUUGCUGCAGGAAAAAAUGUCCCAAAUUAAGGAACAAUUUGAAAAAAAUGCCAAGUCUAAUCUAUUGCUGAAGGACUUGUAUGUGAAGAAUGCACAUCUGAUGAAAAUGCUGCAAGUUACAGAGCAGAUGCAGAAGAACACGGAAAAUAGGAACUUAAUUCUAGAAGAAAAAAUUUCAUCCCUGAAUCAGCUAGUUGGAGAAAUCACAUUUGCAUCUCAAUGAAUUAUUCAUUCAAAUGAAUAGGUUUCCAUUAAGCUGUCUUAAAUGGCAAUCAGUAGUAAAGAUAUUAAUUGAUCAAGUUUGUUCUACAUAUUUCAGACUGAAUACAAAAACUCUUAUUCUCACAAACAGAACUCUAUAUGAGAUAGCCACUACUUCAGAGUGGGGAAAAUACAAAUGCUAUCUAAAAAAUAGGAGAACAAUAAGCAAAUACAUUCUGAAGAUGGGGAAACACAGGAUCAACUCUACAGCAAUAAAAAUACAUUUUUUUCCAAUGGAAAAGUUUAAUCAUUUAGUGCCUUCUGGAUAAAUUUCACAGAAACAGGAUGUUCUACACUGUAUCAUUUGGGGACUGGACAUUUAUUGCGAUUUCAACUUCUUGUCCCCCUGUCUGUCUAUACACUGGCUAAAGAGUGGAUGAAUGUGUGUGUGUACAUAAACAGAGUUUUAUGCAAGUGUAAAAUAUUACUCAUUGAAUUAUGUGCUAUAUUAUUUAAGCAGAACUGUAAACAAUCCAAUGAACUCCCCCCCUCUUUUUUUUUUUUUUUUUUUUUUGCUUUACGUAUCUGGAACAUUUUAAUUAAAUAGCAUCUUUACA